GUACAAAACAACUGCUACUAGUUAUGUGUAUCCAAUCCAAUUAAACAACACAAGUCCCCCCCAGAUAGAGAGAUAGAGGAGAGCUCACACACAGACAUCAGCUCAAUUCCCAUCUCAAGUAGAGUAGAAGAAUUAGGUUAGCUAGAAGGCCAGGUUAGAUGGAGAUGGAAAGUUGUGUGAAACCUGCAUGGCUGGAGCGGCUGAUGGCGGAAGAGUCGUUCUUUGCCGUGUGCGGGGCCCACCAGCAUCGUAGGAAGAAGAACGAAAAGAACAUUUUUUGCCUUCUUUGUUGUCAAAGCUUCUGUCCUCAUUGCCUCCCUUCUCAUCAAUCUCACCCCCUUUUACAGAUAAGGAGGUAUGUCUAUCAAGAUGUCAUUAGAUUGGAUGACCUUGAGAAGCUCAUUGACUGCUCCUACAUCCAGCCUUACACAAUAAACAGUGCCAAAGUUAUAUUCUUAAAUCAGAGGGCACAGUCCCGGUCUUGCAAAGGCUCUAGCAAUUAUUGUUUUACAUGUGACAGAAUUCUUCAGGCCCCUUAUAGCUUCUGUUCACUUUCAUGCAAGGUUGAUUUCAUGGUCUAUAAUGAUCAAGACAUGUCCAGCAUAGUGUACAAGUUCGAUGCAUCCCAAAUGGAAGGCCUCCAGAUGGACGGCUCAGAUUCGCAGGACGGCCAAAUUACUCCCAACUCUAUCCUGGAAGAUCCAUUAGAUUACAAGCAAUCAUCCUCUUGCUCCAAUAAUGAGAUGGGCAUUUCCGGAAUUUCGCUCUCCCCGGGAAGGACCGAUACGAACCCGGGCAGCGGUUUCCUUCCCGGAAUAAUGCUCUCCUUAACCAGUCGCAGGAAGGGGGCUCCUUCUCGGUCUCCUCUUUCCUGAAAUUUGAAAAAUAAAAUUAAUCCAUUCAAAUUAUUAUAUAGAGGUAUUAUUAUAUUAUAUUAUGAAACUAUUACUUAUUUCGAUCUUUUUUUUCCAGUCAAAUUUCAUUAAAUUAGUUGUUCAGUGGUCUCGGCGGAAAUCCAUUACUUUAUAUUAGGUGGCGGUUUGAGGAUUGGAAUAUGAAAAUUCACCUCACGGCCGUCACCAAUUUUGUACCUAAUGUAAUGGAAAUUAGACAUAUCUAUAUAUGAAAUUCAAAUUCGCUUCUA